UAGCUUCAAUCCAAAUUUAACACGGUUCCAUGAUACUGUAGAAAUCUGAAAUUUCUUCAACCAUUUAUUUUUGGUGGUUGAGACAUCUUAAUAUACCAACAUUAUAUAUCCUAGACAAUUACCCGCCAUUGACCUAAGACUCAGAUAUAAAUCUUCCACUUCAUCGACUCCCUCAAAACUGAAAUCAAAUGGCUUCAUGCAGAUUCCUAUUGUUGGUCAUCAUCAUCAUCAUUAUCAUUACCACCAUAGUAAAAGGCCAAGAUUCAAGCAACAGGAACGUAACUUUGCGUUCCUCCAUCGUUGCAAACGCCAAUUCCAAUUCCACAUGGAAUUCGCCUUCGGGCGAAUUCGCUUUUGGUUUGCAGGAGGUCUCUCCCGGAGCCUUCUUGCUAGCCAUCUGGUUCAAUCAACUAACUGACAAAACCCUAGUUUGGUCCGCCAACCGCGACGAACCAGUUCCCACUGGAUCAACCGUCCAGCUUUCCGCAGAAGGAACACUGGAGCUCAUUGAUCCAACAAGACGUCGGGUAUGGGCUAGUCAGACCCGGCCCGGUAUGGUGGCCUACGCCGCCAUGCUCGACACUGGAAAUCUCGUGCUUGCCUCCAAUACUUCCGCCAUCCUCUGGCAAAGUUUUGAUUCCCCAACUAACACAUUAUUACCGACUCAGGUACUCAAUCGACAAAGCGUUCUAUAUUCCAGUUUCUCGGCGACCAAUUUCUCAAGAGGGAAAUUCAAAUUCACGUUGCAGGCCGAUGGAAAUCUAGUGCUCGUCACCAGAUCAUACCCCUCCGAUGAAAAUGUGAAUGCUUAUUGGUCAUCGGUUACUCGUGACACCGGAUUCCAGUUGAUCUUCAACGAUUCCGGCGUCAUCAACCUAAUCCGGCAGAACGGAACCAUACUCCGGCCUCUCUUCGACAGCGGAUCUCUGGCCGGGCAGUUUUACCAGAGACUGGUGCUAGAACACGACGGAGUCCUCCGCCAUUAUGUGUAUCCACAGUCUCCAGAUUCGUCACCGGGGUGGUCUGUACGUGAUUUUGAGCCUUCCAACAUAUGCCUAGCUGUCAGAGAAGAUGACAUGGGCGGCGGCGGCCCUUGUGGUUUCAACAGUUACUGCUCAAUAACAGCUGAAGGAAGGUCCACCUGCCGCUGCCCCUCGGGUUACUACCCGAAGGGCGGCUUCAGCGGUUGAGCGCCUGAGUUCGUGCAGCACAGAUGCGACCGUCAACAAGCGCAGGAUGCGCAGAGUUUCACAUUCAAUGAGAUGUCCGGCGUAAAUUGGCCUUUCAAGGAUUAUGCGAUUUUCAGGGACGUCGAAGAGGCAUGGUGCCGCCAAGCAUGCCUUUCCGAUUGUCUCUGUGCUCUUGUAAUAUUUUCUAAUAGAGUUUGUUUUAUGAAGCCUCACCCAUUCUCCAAUGGGAGGGAGGAGGGCGGAAUGGCCUUGAUAAAGGUCAGGAUGAACAACACUUUGACGUCUAAUCCCGACACCCCUGCCCCCGGCCGAGAGAGCAGUAAGAGUAGCUCCACCACUGUAACAUUGUCGGCCUUGUUAGGCUGUUCGGUGUUAUUGUUUCUUGUUUCGAGUUUCUGUUUUGUAUUCUAUUUGAAUCGUACAAAAUCAAUGAUGGUUCAAAAUAGCCGUAGGCGACCAGCUGGAGUGAGCACAAUAAGUAGCUUCAGCUUCAAAGAAGUAGAAGAAGCUACCAACGGAUUCAAUGAAGAAUUAGGGAGGGGUGCUUGCUCCAUAGUCUGCAAAGGUACUCUAAAAGAUGAUGGAAAAGUUGUUGCCGUCAAGAAGCUGCACAAGAUCUUUGAACAAGCGGAUGAUGAGUUCAAAGCCGAAGUAAGCUCAAUUAGCAGAACCAACCAUAAGAACCUUGUGCAGCUGCUAGGGUAUUGCGAUGAAGGCCAGAACCGAAUUUUGGUGUACGAGUUCAUGACUAAUAGCUCUCUAGCCACUUUCCUCUUUCAAAAAUCAGAAAGGCCUAGCUGGUACAAAAGAGUGGAGAUUGCAUUUGCUAUAGCAAGAGGGAUUUGCUAUCUGCACGAAGACUGCAGCGUGCCCAUCAUACACUGCGACAUCAAGCCUCAGAACGUGCUUCUUGAUGAGUCCUUCGCCCCAAAAAUAGCAGAUUUUGGGCUAGCCAAGCUUCUCAAAGCUGAUCAGACAAGAACCACCACUGGAAUAAGGGGGACUAAAGGUUAUGUUGCUCCAGAAUGGUUCAGGAACAUGCCGAUAACAGUUAAAGUGGAUGUUUACAGCUUCGGGAUCAUGCUGCUUGAGCUGAUGUGCUGCAGAAGGAGUUAUGAAGAGGAUGUGGAAGAUGAGGGAGAAGCAGUUCUUGCUGACUGGGCUUAUGAUUGUUACCAGCAAGGGGCUUUGGAUUUGCUGGUGGCGGGCGAUGAGGAGGCGAGGAGCGACAUGAAAACGUUGGAGAUAUAUGUGAAGACGGCAAUAUGGUGCAUUCAAGAAGAUCCAACACUGAGGCCUCACAUGAAUAUAGUAAUGCAUAUGCUUCAAGGAUCAAUCCAAGUCCCUACUCCUCCAGAUCCUAUUGCAUUUGUACGCUAAU